AUGCCCAGCCGGAGGGAGAGCCUGGAGCUGGUCCAUGCCGGGCGGGUGCUGGAGCUUGACGAGUCCCAGUCGGAGGAGUCCGAGAGCACCGACGAGGAGGCGCCGUCGCGGCCGGCCUGGGUGUCGCUGCAGCCGGCUCUUGUUGCCAGCGCUGCGUUGUGCGUGCUGUUCGUGACGGUCCUGGCAGUGAGCGCAGGCUCAGGAGACGUGGAGGCAAGACUUGGGCGUCUGCGUGGCGCCGCUGGCGUGCCAAGCGGCAUGGUCAGCGCACCCGCUUCGUGGUCAAAGUCGGCAGCAGCGGCAGGCGGCGUCAUGACAGCGGGCUUGCUGAAGGUGUCUUUUGGCUGCGUCGGACACUGUUGCGGCGUGAUCUUCAAUACAUUCGGCAGCUGCGUAAAUUCUUGCUGGACUGGAGUCAUGAACUGCACAGGUUCGAUCUGCGGAGCUUUCAGCGGCCUUGUGGGGGCGUGCUGCAACGCAGUCGGAGCUUGCUUUGGCUCACUCUGCAACUCGCUGACUGCAUGCUUAAAAGGCUGCCCGCUCUGUGGAGACGCGCUAGCAGGCUGCAGUAAGGGAGCAAGCCAUUGCAUCGGGGGCAUCUAUGUCUCAAUCGGGAAGUGCUUCUCUUCAAUGUGGCAAGGUUUGUCGAGUUGCAUCCUCGGAAUCUGUGACAAGUGCGCUGGGUGCGUCGCCUCUAUGUACAACUCGAUCGUUGGCUGUUUCGCAUCUAUUUGGGGCAGUUUCGACAGAUGCUGUGCAUCUUGCUGCUCCUGCUGCUACUGA